GUAGUUAUUACAGCUUUAGAACAACAAGGUCAACCAAAGGUAGUCCAGCUAGGCAAUCAGGAGUGGACUACAGCUAUAAGCGUCUGUGCUGCUAGAUCUUGUACCCUGCCUUUUAUUAUCUACAAAGGACGCGUUCACAUCUCUGCCUGGUACAAGGAGGCAGAUAUACCACGCAAUUGGAAGCUCUCCAUCUCCAAGAGCGGCUGGACGAACAACGCGCUCGGCCUUGAGUGGCUGAAGCACUUCGACGCGCAUACAAAGGCGAGCCAGGUGGGGGCAUACAGGCUGCUCAUUUUGGACAGCCAUAAGAGCUACCUUAACUAG